ACGUGAGGGGCGCACGUUCAGCGGGUCGCUCACGUGACUCGGGGCGCGCUGCGGCCGCCCGGGCGGACCCGGCGAGAGGCGGCGGCGGCGGGAGCGGCGGUGAUGGACGGGUCCGGGGAGCAGCCCAGAGGCGGGGGGGUGAGUUGGACUCUGAUUCUUGCACCUCAGAGUUCGAGGAAGGGUACCCCAUCCUGAUUCUGCACCCCGACUCCGUCCCCAUUCUAGUUUCAUCCAGGACCGGGCGGGCCAAAUGGGGGAUCAGAUCCCUGAGCUGGCCUUGGAGCACGUGGCCCCGGAUGAGUCCACCAAGAGACUGAGCGAGUGUCUGAAACGCAUCGGGGACGAACUGGACAGUAACGUGGAACUGCAGAGGAUGAUCGCGGCUGUGGACACGGACUCCCCCCGAGAGGUCUUUUUCCGAGUGGCAGCCGACAUGUUUGCUGACGGCCACUUCAAUUGGGGCCGGAUUGUCGCCCUUUUUUACUUUGCUACCAAACUGGUGCUGAAGGCCUUGUGCACGAAGGUGCCUGAGCUCAUCAGAACGAUUAUGGGCUGGACGUUGGACUUCCUCCGAGAGCGGCUGCUGGGCUGGAUCCAGGAGCAGGGUGGCUGGGAUGGCCUUCUCUCCUAUUUCGGGACCCCGACGUGGCAGACGCUGGCCAUCCUGGGGGCUGCGGUGCUCACCGCCUCACUCACCAUCUGGAAGAAGAUGGGCUGAGGCUCCCCAUGGCCUUGGACUGUGUCUUUUCUGCAUAAAUUAUGGUGUUUUCCUGGGAGGAGUGGGGGGGUUGGGGACAUGGGCGGUUUUCUUACUUUUGUAAUUAUUGGGGGGGGGACUAUGGGUGGAGAGGGUGGUCCGGGAGGGAACAAUAAAACUCCUUUGGGCCACA